GUUGUUCUGUAGUAGUGGCGUCCGUCAUGUAAACAAAAAGAAGAACUUAGUUGAACGUGACAUUUAGUGAGGCACACCACACAGAUGGCAUAAACGGAGUGUCGUCUUCGCCGUAGUGUACCGUCAUAGCCUAAUUGUUUGUUGUCCAGAGUGCUAGCUGUCCGUAGUUGUUGUGCAUUGAAUGGAUGGACGGAUGGUUGAAAUACAAACAAUCCUAAGCGGAAAUAGAAUUUUUUAGUGCAAUAAUAAUACGACUACUACUAAUAUUCGUUAAAUGAAAGUAAACAAAAACAAAAGUGGUAAAAAUAGUGUCAUAAAAUAAACAUAUCAUAUAGAAAUUUUGUAAAAAUAAUCGACCAUAAAAAUUACAUAAUAAAAUAGAAUAAAAGACUUUUUUUGGCAAAAUAAAUAAAACAACAAUAAAGGCCAUUAAAUGCUAGCCACAGAAAGGUAGUAUAAUAAUAACAAUAACAAGGAGAUAUAAAUGAAGAAAUAAUAAAAAUAACAUAAUACCUCCCUAUGAAUCGACAACGAAAUAUGCACAAAGAGCCACAAUAAACCUGACAAAGGAAAAUCACACAAAUGGAUUGAAAUACCUGACAAAAAUCUGCAGCACUUUUGUUUUCCUUGUUGUUUUUUUGUUUGUUUCUUUCUUUCGGUCGGUCGGUCGCCCCUUGGCGAAUUCAAUUACCGCACAUCGUCGAUAUUAUGCACAAAUAAGCGUAAGAGAAAAGCAUCUAAAGCAAAAAAAAAAAAUAAACGUGUAAAAGGUGUAAUUGUUCAACGAGAGAGUGUGUGUGUGUGUGCGUGCACGUGUGCGUGUUACGCGUGUUCUUCAUCAUCCAAGCAUCUUAGGAUUAAUUAGCAGCAAUUGUUUAGUUGAUACACAUUGGACCAAAAACAUCUACCAUCUACAAAAAUGGCAACCCUUGAUAUAUACACCCUAGCUUGGGAACAUUUUCGACCCGGUAGUUCACCUGUGGACUGGUGUGAGGAGAAUUAUUUGAUAUCAGGACAUAUUGCUGAAUUUGUGAAUACGAUAAGCAACUUCUUGUUUUUGAUAUUUCCGCCAGUACUUAUGUAUCUCUUCAAAGAAUAUGGCCGCUUUGUAACCAAAGGUAUACAUUUACUUUGGGCCCUCCUCAUAAUUGUCGGCCUUAGCUCAAUGUACUUCCAUGCUACUUUAAGUUUAAUAGGUCAACUGCUGGACGAAUUGGCCAUUCUGUGGGUGUUUAUGGCGGCAUAUUCGCUGUUCUGUCCAAAAAGAUAUUUUCCCAGAUUUUGCCGUAACAACAGACGAACAUUUGGUUUAUUGAUGUUUACAUGUGCCAUUAUUGCAACAGUCAUGUCGGUAUGGAAACCGAUUGUCAAUGCCUUCGUCCUUAUGGCAAUGGGUGUUCCAACCAUGUAUAUGUUGUACCGAGAGCUAAGGAGGGUAAAAGACGAACGUGUCUACCGUCUGGGUCUACGUUCGACUGCUGUCUGGGGUGUUGCCGUUCUGUGCUGGGUCAGUGAUCGUUUCUUCUGUUGUCUGAAAUUUCCAUAUUUACAUGGAUUUUGGCAUGUUUUCAUCUUUAUUGCGGCCUAUACCUUGCUGGUGGUCUAUGCGUAUUUGUUUGUCGAAAAUGAGUUGCCACAACGUCAGCCAUUACUGCAGUAUUGGCCAGUGAAUGAAUUUGAAUUUGGUAUACCAUUCAUUUGUAUACGUAAUCCGGGCAAAGAGUUCAAGAAUACGAUUUGAACGUGCCAAGACGAAGAAAAA